UGAUUGCUUUGAAUUCGUAUGAUAUUUUGAAAAGGAUAAAUGAUGACAAGGAUAAAGAGACAAAAUAUUUUACACCAACUAUUGAGAAUGUAUUCGAAGAAGUGAAUAGUUACUGUAAACCGAUCAAAAAUGAGAUUAUCUUAUUUGGUGAACCAUAUUCCGGGUUAUCGGAAGGUGUCAAGAUAUGCACUGCCUUUUUCAAGAGUAUUGAUCUUGAGGUAUCUAGUAUAUUAACACUCCCAGACUCUUAUCAUUAUCGAAAGGGUUUAGGGCCAGAUCAUCUCUCAAUCAGAGACUUAUACCCUGAUCACUAUCGUAUCAGAGACGAAUCAAAAGAAGUCAAACAAUUUCAGAUCCUAGCAGCUUACAAUUCUAUUGGUAAACUUCUAUGUGGAGAAACCGAAGCAGAUGUUGGAAAUGAACCAAUAGUAAUCUAUGAAAGGAGUCCAGGAUGU